GUGGCGCUAGUAGGACACUGUCACUUUUUCCGGCUGUCAGCGGAUCUUGAAUGAUGCGUAUCGUCGACGGUGAACAGCGGAAUUCCUUCAGUCGCCGCGAUCAGCGGAUGCUUCGAGUGUUCGUCGUCGUUGUUUGCGCUCUUGUAUGACAGCUCAAGCUGUCAUUUCGCCGUAGAGCAGUGUCGAAUCGUUGCCACGCGUAACAGAAGGACACCGCCGCGCAACAAUGGCGAUGGGCAAGGGUUUUCGCGUCUAUGAGAAGCUGGACUCCCCCAAGCCGCACUCGGUCAUACUCGAGCAACGAAAUCGCAAGGAGACGCUGCUCUUCGAGUCGCAGGCGGUCGCGGUCCUUUCCGCUGAAGAGCACGAGUUCCUCAAGCCAAAGUAUACAAAAUUGUUGGAUGCGUACGGAUGCCUGGGUGUCCUGCAGCUGAACGCAGGAGAGAAUACGCUGUUGUAUCUUGUUCUGGUUACUGGAUGCUUCUCUGUAGGAAAGAUAGGAGAGUCAGAGGUCUUCCGAAUAACACAAUCUGGUUUUAUACCGCUGUUCUACAGUCAGGGAACGGAGGAUCGUGUGUCCGAAGUCAGAAAGGUUCUGAAUUCUGGAACGUUUUACUUCUCCUGGUCCGCUGGACAGGACUGGCUUGAUAUUACCCUAAGUGCUCAAAGAAGAUGCAAAUCAACGACUACAGAUAAUAGGUUCUUCUGGAAUCGGAUGUUACACAUUCAUCUAUUGAGAUAUGGCGUAGAUACAAGUCAGUGGUUGUUGAAAGCAAUGUGUGGUAGUGUGGAAAUUAGAACUGUCUAUGUUGGACACAGACAAGCACGAGCAGUGCUUAUGUCUAGAUUAAGUUGCGAACGUGCUGGCACUAGAUUCAAUGUUAGAGGAACCAAUGACGAUGGACAUGUGGCGAAUUUUGUGGAAACAGAACAGGUGAUUUACAUAGACAAUGAAGUAACGUCUUAUGUUCAGACGAGAGGUUCGGUUCCAUUGGUCUGGGAACAGCCAGGUAUACAAGUUGGUUCCCACAAAGUAAAAAUUUCACGUGGCUUCGAGACUUCUGCGCCCGCUUUCGACAGGCAUCUAGAGAUGAUCAAGAAACGGUAUGGCCAACAAGUAAUCGUCAAUCUCCUUGGCUCUAGUCUAAUUGGCAGCAAGGAAGGGGAGGCGAUGCUGAGUCAAUUGUUUCAAACCCAUCACAAUAUGUCACAGCACAAGGACGUGCCACAUAUCAUAUUCGAUUAUCAUCAAGAAUGCCGUGGUGGAAACAUGAAGAAUCUGUCGAAGCUGAAGGCGAAGGUGGAAAAAUACUUGGAUUCGUUCUCCAUGUUCUACGCGGUCGGCAAUACUGUAAUUCUCGAGCAAACCGGCACUAUCAGGACCAACUGUCUAGAUUGCUUGGACAGAACAAAUUGCGUGCAAACGUUCUUCGCGCUCGAGAUGCUGGGUAAACAGAUGAGUCUGUUGAAACUGAUGGAGAAGCAGCAGAUGGUCUCGAGAUUCGAGGAAGUAUUUCGCCAGAUGUGGAUCAACAAUGGCAAUGAGGUCAGCAAGAUAUACGCGGGCACCGGUGCCAUCCAAGGCAGUUCUAAGCUGAUGGACGGUGCGAGAUCGGCAGCCAGAACGAUACAAAAUAAUUUACUAGAUUCCAAUAAGCAGGAAGCGAUCGAUAUUUUAUUAUUAGGUUCGACGUUAAACACAGAACUUGCUGAUAGAGCACGUUUGUUAUUACCCUCUAACAUGUUACACGCCGCGCCAAAUCUUCUACGAGAGAUGUGCAAGCGCUACAACGAAUACGUGAAUACGAUGACUCUCAGAAUAAGCGUCGGCACUUACAACGUUAACGGAGGAAAGCAUUUUAGAAGUGUAGUUUACAAAGAUGUUUCUCUGGCUGAUUGGUUAUUCGAUGGACCGGGUAAAUCAUCCUUGGUAUCCCUGGAGCAUGAGAACGCGGAAAAUGAAGCUCCUGUAGACAUAUUUGCAAUUGGAUUCGAGGAGAUUGUCGAUCUGAACGCUAGCAAUAUCAUGGCUGCAAGUUCGGACAACGCAAAAGCUUGGGCUGAGGAGCUGCAGAAAAUCCUGUGUAAGGAUACGGAAUACGUUCUUGUGACAUAUCAGCAGUUGGUCGGCGUCUGUCUAUAUCUGUUCAUACGACCCGUGCAUGCGCCGUAUCUGCGAGAUGUGGCGGUAGAUUGCGUGAAAACGGGAUUGGGAGGAGCAACCGGAAACAAAGGCGCCGCGGCGAUCAGAUGCGUGCUCUAUUCCACGUCUUUCUGCUUCGUAUGCGCGCACUUCGCCGCCGGCCAAUCGCAGGUGAACGAACGCAAUGCUGAUUAUGCCGAGAUCACGAGAAAGAUAACGUUUCCCAUGGGCAGAACCCUGAAUACACACGAUUAUGUAUUUUGGUGCGGAGAUUUCAACUACAGAGUCGACAUGGACAAAGAUGAGAUGAAGGAAAUGAUUAAACGGAACGAACUAGAUCAGAUAUUGCAAUACGACCAAUUAAGGGUUCAACAAGAACAGGGUAAUGUUUUCAAGAAUUUCUUGGAAGGGCCUAUCACUUUCGAUCCUACAUAUAAAUACGAUCUGUUCUCCGAUGAUUAUGACACCAGUGAAAGUCGUCAACCCGCAUGGACGGAUAGAGUUCUCUGGAAACGUCGAAAACAAGUACCUGAUAUUGAUUCCCCUACAGAUUGGAAUCCGGGAAAACUCGUUUAUUACGGUAGAGCGGAAUUGAAACAGAGCGAUCAUCGUCCGGUGCUCGCUACGAUCGACAUAGAUAUACAUUGUGUCGAUCCCGAGCAACGUGAGCGCGUGUUCAAGGAAGUGAUACAGGAUCUGGGUCCGCCCGAUGGCACGAUAAUAGUCAAGGCAGUGGAGGAUGUCGAGGAUAUGGACAGCGUGUUCGACAACAAUCUCAUGUUUGCGCUGAUACAGGAUCUGUCUCAUAUCGGUGAGGCCAUCCUGGUCCGUUACGUCGGCGAGACCAUCUGGGUGACGUUCAGAGACGGCCAGUGUGCCCUGGCCGCGGCGAAGAAGGGUAUGACACAAGUAUGCGGCCAGACGCUGAAGCUGUCGCUGAAAUCACCCAACUGGGUGGAACUGAUCGAGAAGGAGAUUGAGAUCUGCAGCAACACCACGGUGGCGCAGUUCACAGCAAAUUCGCCGUUGAGAAGUCCCAUGCAACGAUUAGAACAUUUGGACAUCGCCGAACGACCGGUGCCCCUCUCUCCCAGCAGAGGUAGCCCUAACGGCGUGAUGCCACCGCCGAGGCCGACGCCACCGGGACGACCAUCUCAACCACCGAAAAGUCCCGCUCACGAACGAAAGGGACCGCGAGCGGGUGUCUUCAGUGUGGUUCCCAAUCAGUUUGCGGCUCCCAUGACACAACCAGGCGUAAAUAAAGCGGAAGAGGAUCAAGAAGACGAGAGAUUGUCGCCUGACUCUGCCAUCUACGAAGAGAUACCAGACGGAUCGCCUAGUUAUCCCGUACCAAACCGGCCACCGCCACCUUUACCGCGUAUGGACGGGCCUCAGGAACCGUCGAGACCCCCGCCUAGCUCGAUACCUCCUCCCUUGCCGCACAGGCAAGCCCCGCCGCCUCCUCAGCAUCCACCGCCGAGUCUACCUCCGCCGAAUGCUCCGCCACCCGUUCCAGCGAGAACCACCGGCGGGCCGCCCAUUCCGGCCAGAAAUCCUCAGUAAAAAAGGAACGUAAGAUAAAUGCUCUCAGCACUAAGUAUCCGGUACAUUUAUUUAACGUUCUAAUACGCGUAUUAUUUAUGAAGUUAAUAACGACAAGUCGACAUAAUUGAUGAUGAGUCCUCGCUUCCAAACUAAGUUCCAGAUUCGCGUAGAAUAGUUAGAAAUCUAUUCUGUGAUUAUUCUAAGAAUGGAAUCAUCAAGUCGGAAAUAAUUAUUUUCGAUAAUUGUAGAUUUGUACUGAUAGGGGCUGUUUUUGAGCUUGCCGAAUCGUAUCUUCCGCUUGUUGAUGAUAAUAUGGAUAUUAAUCUUGUUGAUAUCUCCAUUUCACACAUUGGUGAUGCGAGAAACUGUUGUAUUUUCAAAGAUCCAAUCAAUUUAUGGUUGUUGAUGUGACACACAGAUUUAAUAUGUAUGUUCGUAACGUGCGUUGAAAGUUAUAAAAUUGAAUAUAUCAGAAAAUUAAUGAUCCAAGUUUAAAUGGCGAGGUACUUGCGGUAAUGUUCUAGUUGUCUCUGCUUGUAUCGUAUAUAAUUUAAAAUGUAAUUCUUGAUGUUAGUAUCGCUUCUAUAAAGUUUUAGGAGUUUCUUCGCAGUAUCGUAAUAGUCUAAGUGUACCAAAAAAACUCCAAGGAGCUUAAUUUUACAAAUGAUUAUAUGUAGCACGACAGAAGGAACAGGAUAGACUCAAACGCAGCAGUAUUCUCACACAAGUGUUCUAUAUACAUAUAUAUAUUCUUAUACAUGCAUAAUUUGCCUUUUUUUGCAAGUGGGAGUUAUCCAUGAGUUUGAUUAUUUUAAAGGCGGCUAGUUUAGCUACAAUCUAAGAUAUUUUUAUAUAUAAUUUUAUUUAGCUCUCUCUUAAUUUUAAAGUUCCUAUUUUACAUUCCAUGAAAUUUCUAAAACGUCCGUCCCGAUGGGUCCAACAUACCCACCUAUCCUAUUUCUUUCCUUAAACUCUCUUAUUAUUUUCUAGGAAACAUAUAAUAUGUACUAUGUUCCUUAUUAUGCACGAUACAUAAAUGUUCUAUCAUUUUGACUGUCGUGUUACACAUAAUGAACGAAUGCAAAUGCAUUAAACAGGAUAAAAGCAGAAAUUAUUACUCAGCAUCAUAAUUUACGUUCGAAAAUAUGUACGACGUUAAAAAACGUGACAGUCAAAAUGUUAAUUAUCAUCAAUUGUAUAUAUGAUUAUAAUACUCUUAAUUUUCAUUUUAGCUUAUUUGCGUAAAGGUGGCUCUAAUUGCGGGAAAAUGGACGUAUACAUAUGUGUAAAAAAAAGUUAUAACAAAAAUAAUGUAUAGUGAUGUAGAGAAAAUUGUUUCUUACACACUAAUCUAUAAUAUAACUUUUAUCCUACAGCACCUCACCAAUACGCAUCUCUCACACUCGCGUGCGUAGUUGAUGCGUUUUAUUAGAUCAGUCCUCACCUAGUACACAAGCUGUAAAACAUUGGACAUGUAUAUAUGUAUUGAAUGAUCUAUAAAUAAUAAAGAGAUCAGACGGGAAGGGAGAAGGCGUUAAAUCUUAAAAAAAUUUCAUUUAUUGAUCUAAACUGUAUAAAGAAAUUUGAUUUGAACUUGUCUUGUACUAAUGCCUAAUAUUAUCAUUAUAUUGGUUCGAUAAAUCGAGAAAUAAGAACGAUCUCGGCUUUAUUACUUAUUAAUACAUGUAUAAAAAAUGAAGCUUGUAUAAAAAAAUUGUUUCUCAAAUUGAUAAAUAUAUACUGUAGAAAUAGAAACACAGAGAGCCGUGUUCGUCGUUGAGAUAUUGAAUUUCUAUUUGUCAUAAAUGCAAAUGGAUAUGAGCAGAAACAUGGAAACGCAUUUCCAUUUAGCGCAUAAUUGUUUUUAGUGAAUGCAAUAAAUUAUAUACAAAAAGUA